UCCUUCAACCAGUCACCAUAAAAGAAAACAAGAAGUAAGACAGCGUGACUCUUACUGCUUAAGAUGGAUUGAAAGGGAAUGAGAACUGGAAUAAACUCAACUCAAGGUUAAGUCAUUAAAGCUGACUACUUCUUAUGCAAACGAGUAAGUUAUGGAUUGACGGAUGAAAGUGUGGAUAAAAAGUCCUUGGCCAAUGGCAGACUUACCUGUUAGAUCAAAGAUGAGUAUCCAUGGGAAGGAGGAGGAGGAGGGCAGAGCGAAGUCGCCAGCGUCCAUCUGUCUGUCCGACAAUUCCAAAGACAUUCCUCUUACCUUCCGUAAAGAACCUGGAACAUUCAGCACAAACCGUCGAUUACAAAAACUGGAACAACUAGAGAGCACCUUCCAGAGUGAAAGGAGCUGCUCUAUUCUUACAUGAGGCUGAUGUAUCUCUACAUCUUUAAAGAGGUCCUGAGGGAUCCAGUCUCCACCAGCAGUGGACAUUGCUUCUGCAAGCAAUGCGCUGAAUCAUGCUGGGAACUAUGUGAUUCAACAGGAGAUAUCUCAAGUCCCCAGAGUGGUAAACGCCUCAGAAAAAGUCUUGAACUGCAAACACUCAGUCAAACCAGCACUGAACCCUUGACUGACAGUCUGCAGGAUGUUUUUGACAAUCAUAGGAUCAGACUUAGAAAGAGAUAUGAAUUAGCAAUAGAAGGAACUGCCGAAGCAGGAUCUCGAACCCACCUGAACAGGAUCUACACUGAGCUCUAUAUUACUGAGGGACAAUGUGAAGGAGUUAAUGUCCAACAUGAGGUGUGGCAACUCGAGACAAUGUCCAAAAUGGAAACCCUGCAGGACACUCCGAUCAAAUGCCAUGACAUCUUUAAGGCUUUAUCUGGCCAAAAGAGAUUCAUUAGAGUGGUUCUGACGAAUGGCAUUGCUGGCAUCGGAAAAACCUUCUCAGUGCAGAAGUUUACUCUGGACUGGGCAGAGGGCUUGGAAAAUCAAGAUAUCAGCCUUGUGAUUCUGCUUUCGUUUCGGGAGCUGAACUUGAUCAAGGAGAAGCAGUACAGUCUUCUCAGGCUGCUGCAUGAUUUUGAUCCAACAUUGCACAUGGUCACAGCAGAAGAGCUUGUUGUGUGUAAGGUUUUGUUAAUCUUUGAUGGCCUGGACGAAAGCAGACUUGUUUUGGAUUUCCAGAACGAUGAGUUUGUGUCAGAUGUCAAGCAGACAUCAUCAAUCAAUGUGCUGUUGACAAACCUCAUCAAGGGGAAUCUACUUCCUUCAGCUCUCCUUUGGAUAACUUCAAGACCUGCAGCAGCCAAUCAGAUCCCGCCUUCUUAUGUUGAUAGGGUAACGGAAGUACGAGGAUUCACUGACACUCAGAAGGAGGAGUACUUCAGGAGGAGAUUCACUGAGGAGACAGUGUCAAGCAGAAUCAUCUCCCACAUCAAGGCAUCCAGGAGCCUCUACAUUAUGUGUCACAUCCCAGUUUUCUGUUGGAUCACCGCUACAGUUCUGGAGCAUAUGUUGACUACAGACCAAAAAGAGCUUCCCAAGACACUGACUGACAUGUACUCACACUUUCUGCUGGUUCAGACCAAGAGGAGGACCCAGAAGUAUAAAAGGGGGCAUGAAAUGAUCCAACAGGAGCCAAUGCAGACUGACAGGGAAGUCCUUGUCAAGUUGGGGAAACUUGCAUUUCAACAUCUCGAAAAAGGGAACAUCAUGUUCUACCAAGAGGACUUGGAGCGAUGUGGUCUUGAUGUCAGAGAGGCCUUAGUUUUCUCAGGACUGUGCACAGAGAUCUUCAAAAGAGAGCGUGUACUCUUUCAGAAAGUGAUAUACUGCUUUGUUCAUUUAAGUAUUCAGGAGUUUCUUGCCGCUGUCUACAUGGUCCACUGUUACUUGAACGAGAACAUAGAAGUACUGGCGACAUUUCUGGGAGAAAACUGGGAAACAAACAGCAGUGACCCAGGUCUGGAUAGCUUCCUCAGCAGAGUUGUGGAAAAAUCUCUCAACAGUGGAAAUGGCCACCUGGAUCUCUUUGUUCGCUUCCUUCAUGGUCUGUUAUUGGAGUCCAACCAUCAUCUCUUAGGAGGUCUGCUGGGCUGGAUAGCUUGCAGUCCAGAAAGCAUCCAGAGAGCAAUAAACAACCUGAAGAAGAUGAAUGCUUAUGAUAUCUCUCCUGACAGAAGCAUCAAUGUCUUUCACUGUUUGAUGGAGAUGAAUGACCACUCAGUACAUCAGGAGAUCCAAGAGUACCUGCAGUCAGAGAACAGAUCAGAGAAGAAACUCACUAAGACUCACUGCUCAGCUCUUGCCUACAUGCUACAGAUGUCCGAAGAGGUUCUAGAUGUGUUGGACCCAAAGAAGUACAACGCAUCAGUCGAUGGAAGACGGAGAUUGCUCCCAGCUGUCAGAAACUGCAGAGAUGCUCGGCUCUCUGGUUGUGGACUCUCUGAGUGGCAUUGUGAAGUUCUGUCUUCAGCUCUGAUGUCCAACCCCUCCCAUCUGCAAAAGCUGGAUCUGAGUGAAAAUGACUACCUGCUGGAUUCAGGAGUGAAGCUACUGUCUGUCGGACUGGAGAGUCCAAACUGCAGACUAGAGACACUAAGGUUGAGGAACUGCAGUUUGUCGGAAAGUUGUUGUGAUUCUUUGUCAUCAGCCCUGAAGUCCUCCUCAUCCUGUCUGCGAGAACUGGACCUAAGUAACAACAACUAUUUGAAGGAUUCAGGCGUGAAGCUUCUGUCUGUUGGACUGGAGAGUCCACACUGUAGACUGGAGACUCUGAGAGUGAGUUGCUGCAGACUAUCGGAGAGCUGCUGCGCACAUCUGGCCUCAGCUAUCAAGUCCAACCCCUCCCACAUGAGAGAGGUGGACCUGAGUAAAAACAAACUGAAGGAUUUAGGAGUAAGUCUGAUGUCUGCUGCACUGAAGAGCCCUCAAUGCAGACUAAAGAGUCUGAGGCUUGAUAGAUGUGGGCUGACGGAGAACUGCUGUACUUCUUUGGCCUCAGUUCUGAAGUCCAACCCUUGCAGCCUGAGAGAGUUGGAACUGAGUUACAACGACCUGCAGGAUUCAGGAGUGAUGCUGCUGUGUGCAGGACUGGAGAGUCCACAUUGUAGACUAGAAGCUCUGAGAUUGAGAAGCUGCUGGUUGUCAGAGAGUUGCUGUCCUUCUCUAGCUUCAGCUUUAAUGUCAAACCCCUCCAGUCUGAGAGAACUUGACUUAAGUGAAAAUGAUCUCCAUGAUUCAGGAGUGAAUCUGCUGUCUACUGGAUUGGAGAGUCCACAUUGUAGAUUAGAGACUCUGAGGUUGAUAAACUGUCGGGUCACGGAUGAAGGCUGUGCUUUUCUGGCAUCAGCUCUGAAGUCCAACUCAUCCUAUCUGAGAGAGCUGGACCUGAGUAAAAACAGCCUGCAGGAAUCAGGAGUGAAGCUGCUGUCUGGUGUCCUGGAGAGUUCACACUAUAGACUGGAGACUCUCAGGACGGAAGAAGCUUUGUAAACGUGGAGCACUUUCAUGUGACUGAAAUGCAUCCGUCAUGACGUGUUGCUGACUCUGGGGCUGCUACAAUCCCCGCACCACUGUGUCUUACCUGCAGUCACGAGAUUUGUUAUGUAUUUCUAAACAUUUCUUCAGAAGCCAGAAGGCUAUUUUGAUUUUAUACUGACUGCAUUUUGGUUUAGAGGAUUUUUUUUAUCAUAGUUAACCGUUCUUCCUAUUUGUAGAGUACUUGUUUACCUGAAAGACCCUUGCAGGAGCCUUGUCUAUUAUUGUUCUAUGGCAGAAGGUUGUAAUGGCUGUGUUCCUGAAACCAUAUCUGUUCAUUAGUUUGGGAUAAAACAUCUUCAUAGGCAUUUUAGCGCUAACUGUAUAAUAGCUGACAAAACCGACAUAAAUUCUGCUGAAAAAUUUAUUUAAAAUGUUUGUAUAUAGUCAGUUUAUAAAACUCCUUUUCAGUGCUUUUUCAGUUAUAAUGUGUAAACCUGCUGGGUGAAUAGAAUGCUUAAUGAACAUAAUUAUGUUGCCAGGUCUUCUCAGAGUUAAAGGGAAUAGUAGAAAAAAAGCAGUGUUCAUUUGACAGAUAAUAAAAGUCUGUCUGUGAUACGUGACGUUAGAGCCAAUGGCUGGUCAGCUUAGUUUUGCACAAACUCUUGAAACAAAGGGAAACAGCUUGCCUGUUCCUGUUCUACAGUAACUCCACUACUGGUAACACUUUGUUAUUUCACUGGUUUUUACCUUAUGUCUACAGAUUUUAUUUAUUUGUUUUUAAGCAAACUUAUUUAUAUCUUCCCAGGUCUGCUAUAUUUUGAAUAAGGCAGUCAGAGAUUCACAGAAAGCCCUGUGUUUUACCCAUGCCCUGGCCAAUGUGCUGCAAAGUCUUGUUUCCACAGGACAAUAGUAAACUUUUUUCAACAAAAACAUGUGCAAUACUUUGUCAAGUAAUCCACUUCUGCUUACACUCUCUAUGCUGUCUAGACUGUCUGUACCAUACCCAUACUGUGUACAGUGGUUCAGUAUUGUAUAUACUGCUAACACUGUGUAUACUGUCAUUUUGUCUAUAGUAUUUAUUUUCUACAGUAAAUCUUGAGUCUUUAUAUUUUUGUUUUUUGUAAAUCCUGGGUGAAUCUGUCUCUUUGCUGCUGUGACGGAUGCAAAUUGUGGGACUAAAAAAAAUGUGUAUCUCAUCUUAACUUAGAUUAAUAUUUUUGUACAUUUUAAUAAAGUGAGCUAAGCC